AUGCUGAGGUUCGCUCGUCAGUUUUCAACUACAAGAUACGCCUUGAGAGGCCAGAAUUUGACCGAAAAGAUCGUUCAAACUUAUGCUGUUGGGCUUCCUCAAGGAAAGAGAGUUACCUCUGGAGACUAUGUUUCGAUUCAGCCAGCUCACUGUAUGUCCCACGACAAUUCCUGGCCCGUGGCUCUCAAAUUCAUGGGUCUCGGUGCUUCUAAGGUCAAAGACUGCAAACAGAUCGUCAAUACCCUGGAUCAUGACGUGCAAAAUACUAGCGACAAGAAUCUGACCAAGUAUAAGAACAUCGAGAAUUUCGCCAAGAAGCAAGGAGUUGACUUUUACCCAGCAGGACGUGGGAUUGGCCACCAGAUCAUGAUUGAGGAGGGCUACGCGUUUCCUCUGAACCUCACGGUCGCUUCGGACUCGCAUUCAAAUACCUACGGUGGUAUAGGGUCUUUAGGUACACCCGUGGUUCGUACAGACGCUGCAGCGAUUUGGGCCACGGGCCAGACAUGGUGGCAGAUCCCACCUGUCGCACAGGUUGAGCUCAAAGGUGAAUUGCCUCAUGGAAUCUCCGGAAAAGAUAUUAUCGUUGCGCUCUGCGGUGUUUUCAAUAAGGACCAGGUGCUGAACCACGCCAUAGAAUUUACGGGCGAGUCCUUGGAAAAGAUACCGGUGGACUACAGGCUCACGAUUGCCAACAUGACCACCGAAUGGGGUGCUCUAUCUGGCCUGUUCCCGGUUGAUGAAACUUUGAUGAACUGGUAUAGAGCAAGGCUGCAGAAAGUUGGUGCCGAUCACCCAAGAAUUAACCACCAGACUCUCGACCAACUGGCGGAGAAAUCCAAGAGCCUCAAAGCCGACGCCGACGCCAUUUAUGCUAAAAAGCUAGUUAUCGACUUGAGCACUCUAACCCACUAUGUCUCUGGCCCUAACAGUGUUAAGGCGUCUGCCACCGUGCAAGACUUGUCUCAACAGGAUAUCAAAGUUAACAAAGCCUACUUGGUUUCCUGCACAAACUCUCGGCUGAGUGAUUUGGAGGCCGCAGCCCAUGUGGUAUGUCCAACCGGCGAUAUUAAUCAAAUUAACAAAGUAGCGCCGGGUGUUGAAUUUUACGUCGCAGCCGCUUCGUCCGAGGUGGAAAACGAUGCUAAAGCUUCUGGUGCUUGGGAAAAGCUUUUGCGCGCUGGUUGUAAGACUUUGCCAGCAGGAUGUGGCCCUUGCAUUGGCUUGGGUACCGGUUUACUGGAACCCGGAGAGGUCGGUAUCAGCGCCACUAACCGUAACUUCAAGGGCAGAAUGGGGUCGAAAGAUGCCCUUGCUUAUCUAGCCUCUCCUGCUGUCGUGACUGCUUCUGCCGUUCUUGGUAAGAUCGCAUCUCCUGCCGAAAUCCUGAAGCAACAGGAUCCAGUCUUCAAUGGCGUUCAAGCUACUGUCGAAGAUCUACCUCAAGGGGAUGCAGAAGCUGUCGCUGCCCAAACUGGCGCUGUGGAGAUGCUAGAAGGGUUUCCAUCGCAAAUUACUGGUGAAUUGAUUCUCUGUGACGCUGACAAUAUCAACACCGAUGGUAUAUACCCUGGGAAGUAUACUUACCAAGACGAUGUUCCACGUGAAAAGAUGGCUGAAGUCUGCAUGGAAAACUAUGAUGCCGAGUUCCGCACCAAGGUCAAAGCCGGUGACAUCGUUAUCAGCGGAUUCAACUUUGGUACUGGCUCCUCCAGGGAACAGGCUGCUACUGCUUUGCUGGCAAAGGGUAUCGAUCUUGUAGUAUCAGGGUCUUUUGGUAACAUUUUCUCCAGAAACUCUAUCAACAAUGCUCUUUUGACGCUAGAGAUCCCAACUCUAAUCGAAAUGUUGCGCAAUAAGUACCAAGAUGCCCCCAAAGAGCUAACUAGAAGAACCGGCUGGUUUUUGAAAUGGGAUUUGCCCAACAGUAGAGUUACGGUGACCGAAAAGUCAGUCGAUGGGCCCGUUGUUUUUGAACAAAAAGUCGGCGAACUGGGCAAAAACCUGCAAGAAAUUAUUGUGAAGGGCGGCCUAGAAGGCUGGGUUAAAUCUCAGCUGUAG